AUGGACUCCCCCCAAUCUCCCACUCCCCAGAGGAGUCGUGGGUUCAGUGUGAAAUCCGACAAGUCAGACAAGUCCGGAUCAACAAGCCAUAAACGUGGUCCCUCGGAGUCUUCAGAAGAGAAAUCUCGUCGCAAUCUACAUACCAAAGCAGAUCCACUUAUCGCCAUGAACGAGCUUCAGCCUAUGGCCGUGGCCUUGCAAAAGUCCAAUCUGGGCUCACUGCGCGAGCUUGAAUUCAAGGAUCAAUAUGGCAAUGUUAUCACCGAUCCCGACCUGUCAAAUCCCACUCGGCCGCGUCUGGAACGCCCCUUGGAUACCAUUCGAUCGUUUGAGGCUGCUAUCUACGGCACAAGUAUCAAUAACCGUGCGUCAUAUGCUAGAACAGAGGAUGCGUCACAAAUGGGCGACUUCAGCCGACGGACCAGCUACUACGGAAGUCCAAAUGGUCCAUCCAACAGCUACUACGGCCAAUCGCGACCAGACAGCAUCGUGAACGCGUACCAAAACACGCCUCUCUCACCCGAGGGUUCUGUCCCCUAUAACCAGGGAUAUAAUCAGAACGGAUAUAGCCAAAACGGCAGAAGACGUCCCUCGCACCAUCCCCGCGGGUCACCCUCGUCGCCCAUCAGCCCCUCCGAGGGCUACCCCAACAUCGCCGGCUCGCAAUACGGCUACCAACGGUCGCGCGACAACAUCGCGGCCAUGUCGAACAAUUCCGGCACCACAGACUACGGCCAGUCCACCGACCCCAGCUCGAUCAACAGCUCCAACGACCAAUUGCAGCAGCAGGCUCUGCAGCAACAGCGUCUGGACGAGCGGUCCCAAGCCGAGUACGGGUUCAACGGGUUCAACUCCAAGGCACCCCCUGUCCAGCCCAUCCGCGACCCGACCAUGGGCGGACCCGUUGGAGGUGUCCCGAUCUCCACCACACAAUCGACUGUCAGCAAGAAGGGUGAGAAAGCGGAUAAAAGAAAGAGCUGGUUCAAACGCCGGUUCAGCAAGGAUAAAUAA